AUGAUGGAAGAACACGCCGUUAAAGCUACGGCGGGGGCUACGGACCCUGUGGACCUCUUGGCUCAAGCAGUAGAUGAUACAAAUAUCGAUGAUAAUUCUGACUUCGACAGUCCAGAAGAGGAUGGACCAGCAAAUGGCGUAGGAGAGGGGAACAGAACGAAGAAGAAAAAGAAAAAGAAGAAGCCAAAGAAUAAAAAACCCGUUAUUAUACCUAAACCUAAUGAAGGUAAAAUACCUGACGAGAUACCGCCUCCGUCGGCUGAAUCACCAGAAGAGACAUCCAAAUGGGAGAAAGUAUUGAUCAAAGGAGCGAAAACGUAUACUGUACCUGCUCAUGGGUUAUUGACAGAUAGAAUACGACCCAUAUUGGACAUUUUUCGUAUACCAUCAUGUAAACAAGUUGAGCUACAUACACCUAGAUUAUUAUUGAGACAGGUUGAAAUCAAUGAUUUGACCGGGAUUAGAAGGAUUAAGAUGGAACCAUCUGUUCAGAAAACACAAUUAUAUGGUUCACCUGGACUAUCAGAUAUCAAAGAAUCGUUCUUGAAUAGAUAUAUCAGAUCGAGUAUACCGAGAGUACCGAAUAUAUACAUGUCGUCGCAAAAAGGUCGUGAUGAUUACAUAUUCGCCAUAACAGCAUUGAAUCCUAACAGUUUAACGAUUCAAGAUCCUGGACAAAUCAAAAUAGCAAAUCGUAUAUCGAAAGCUGAAGGUUAUUUAGGAAAUAUAGCAUUAUCACUUAGUUACCCUUCUUCUUCACCUUCAUUCUUACCCCAAAAAGGCAAGGUAUAUACUCAACCGAAAUUCGACGAAUUGCACAAAGCUAAAGUCGAAGGUAAACUGUUCUACGAGAUACAUCCUCAAUUAUGGGGUCAGGGUAUAAUGUCUGAAGCGUUUGAAGAAGUUUUGAGAUUUGGUAUGGAAGAAGUAGGAUGUUAUUCCAUUGCUUCCGAUCCAACUGUCGGAAACGAAGCUUCUAUCCAUCUUUGCUUAAAGAACGGCAUGAAGUAUUCUCAUUUGACCACUGAAAACGCAUAUAACAAACCUCAAUUGUUCCACCUGAUCACGAACGAAGAAUGGUGGGCUCGCAAUAGACCAAAUAAGAAGAUUGAAGAUAGAUGGGGUGGAAAAGAUGUUUGUAGAUGGUGUUUGAACUUCCGUCUCGCACCACCAACGAUAAGUUGUACAGGUUGCAUUUGGGCUAAAUACUGUUCCAGGGAAUGUCAGUUGGCAGAUUGGAGUAAAGAAGGAGGACAUCAAGUGGAAUGUAAAUAA